AUGGGCUCUCAGCCACCCCGCAUCCGCCUGGCCAUCCUCGAGGCCGACACGCCGCAGCCGCAGACCAACGCCGAGUACGGCGGCUACGGCGGCGUCUUCACGGCGCUCCUCCGCACCGCCGCCCUGGCCGACGACCCGCCCGCGCCGCUCGACAGCAUCGUCGACCUCUCCGUCUACCACGUCGUCGGCGACGACGCCACCUACCCGGACCUGGACUCCGUCGACGCCAUCCUCAUCUCCGGCAGCAAGCACAACGCCUUCGACAACGACCCCUGGAUCCUCAAGCUGGUCGACUUCACCAAGAGCUGUAUUGACAGCGGCCGCGUGAGGGUCAUUGGCGUGUGCUUCGGCCACCAGAUCACCGCCCGCGCGCUGGGCGUCGAGGUCAAGAGGAGCGACCUGGGCUGGGAGGUGGCCGUGGUCGACGUCAACCUCACGCCCAAGGGAAAGGAGAUCUUCAAGCUGGACAAGAUGAGAAUCCACCAAAUGCACCGGGACGUCGUCGCGGCCAACCCUCCCGGCGCCGAGUCCCUCGCCUACACGGAUCUGUGCCCCGUGCAGGGCUUCUACUCUCCAAAGAGGUUCAUCACCGUCCAGGGCCACCCCGAGUUCACCGGCCCCAUCGUCAGCGAGAUCCUCAACGUCCGUCACAAGGCGGGCGUCUUCGACGACGAGACCUUCGCCGAGGCCAUCAACCGUGCAGGCAUCGAGCACGACGGCGUUAACAUCGCCCGCGGUUUCCUGCGUUUCCUCAGAGAAUGA